AUGAUGCCUCAAGAAAAGAAAUUAAAUAAACCUUUACUUAAUAUAAAUGACGAAGAAGAGGAUAUUAGAAAAUAUGAUAAAAAUGAAGAAUAUAAUAGUAGAAUGGGUGUUUUAUCAAACUUUCAUUUAAAUCAUGAUAUGAAAAAACUGAUGAAAAGAAAUGAAAUUAAGAUUAACAAUGAGAAUGUGUAUACAGAUUAUUUAAAAUCUAAAUUUAAAUCAAAUAGCAAUUCCAACAAUAAAAAUUAUGAUAGUAUACUAGAUGAAGAAAAAUCGAAAGCAUCAAAAGAAUUUUUUUUUAAUAAAAAUACUUUCUCAUAUAUGAAGGAAAAUAGAGGAGAAUAUUUAAAAAAUGAUGAUUUCAAAGUUAGAAUUAAAUGUUUUAAUAAAUAUUUGAAACAUGAUGUUCAUAAAAUAUACAAUGGAGAGAAUAUUCAAUAUUCUUUACAAACUCAUGAAUUAUUAAAAAUGGUUCAUCAGAUAAAAGGAGAAAAUACAUCUAUAAAUUCCACAAGUGGAUUAGCUCAAUAUAGGGAUAUAAGACAAUUAGUAUCAAAUAACACAAACACAAGAUUUGAUAUAUCUCCUAAAAGAAAUUGUGUAUUAUUAAAUUUACCAUAUAGAAAAUGUAUUAUAUUUAAGGAUUUUUUGUUAUAUAUACCUACUUUUACAAAUAGUCCAAUUCUUGAAGUAACGCAAAAAGAAGAAAAAAUGUGUAAAUAUUUUAUUGAAAAUGCAAAAGUAAUAUCUUUAAUUAAGGAUUCAUUACCAUUUGAAAUUUUAAUUUUAGAAGCAAUAUUUGUUGAUAUAUGUGAAGAAUUAAAAAAUGAAAUUGAGCCAGUAAUAUGUGAAGCAGAAAAAUUAUUUGAAAUAAUAAGCAAUAAUUUAAGUAUAUACAAAUGUAUAAACAAAUUAACGGAAAUGAGAAGAAAACUAAAAAUAAUUGAUGAAAAAGUUCAAAGUGUAUAUAAAUCUAUUCAUGGUGUUUUAAAUAAUGAUGAAGAUGUAAGGAGAUUAGAAGUCUCAUAUUUUUGGGAUAAGCCAGAUUUGUGGGAAAAAUGUGAUCCUACUCCAAAUAAUGAAGAUACAGAAAUGCUAUUAGAAUAUUACUGUCAUGAAAUAGAAGAGUUUAUAAAGAUUAUUCAUAGAACUGAUCAAUCAUUGGAUGAUGUAUUACAAAUGGUUGAAUUAAAUUUAGAUGAUGCAAGAAAUAAUGUUUUAAAAUUAGAAUUAGGGUUAAAAAUAUAUGGUAUAAUCAUAACUGUUGUUGGUACAGUAGCUGCUAUUUUUGGAAUGAAUUUAAAAAAUGGUUUUGAAAGUGAUCAAUAUGUUUUUUGGAUACUUGCUUUUUCUUUAAUGCUUAUAACAGUAUUUUGUUUAUUUUAUGUUAUGGUAUCCUUUAAAAAAGUUAAUAUUUAA